UCUCUAGUGCAAUCGAGUGAAGAGAGAAAUUAUAGUCGUUGUCCCGAUUGCAUCAACUUGUGUUCCGUGCAACAUCGAGGGUUCCUUGAUCAACGAUAGUUAUGCCGACAAUAACUGUAAAUCGAAGUGUAUUGUUUGAAGCUCUUGAGAAAACAUACACUGAUGAAGAAUUUGCAGAUCUUUGUUUCGACUUUGGACUUGAACUGGAUGAAGUGACAUCCGAGAAGGCUAUGGUGGCUAAAGAGCAAGGAGAUACGCAGGUAACCAGUGAUUUAUCUGAAGAGAUUGUUUAUAAAAUAGACAUUCCAGCGAACAGGUAUGAUCUGCUGUGUGUUGAAGGACUCGUCCGAGGGCUACUCAUCUUUCUGGAGAAAAUAGAUAUUCCUGUUUAUCAAAAGGUGGAGCCGGAAACACCACAGAGGUUGCAUAUUAAACCUUCGACAGCCGAGGUUCGUCCACAUUGUGUUGCAGCUGUACUAAGGAACAUCACUUUCAAUAAGGCUCGCUACAAUAGUUUCAUUGAGUUGCAGGAGAAGCUACAUCAAAAUCUCUGCAGAAAGCGUUCAUUGGUUGCCAUUGGAACGCAUGAUUUGGAUACUCUUGAGGGACCAUUCAGUUAUGAGGCACUUCCACCUUCAGAGAUUAAAUUUCAGCCUCUCAAUCAGUCGAGAAGUUUCACUGCCAGUGAACUGAUGGAUUUUUAUGCUACUGACAGCCACCUUCGCCAUUAUCUGCCAAUCAUCAGAGACAAGCCUGUGUAUCCUGUGAUCUACGACAGUAACCGAGUCGUUCUGUCUCUUCCACCAAUAAUAAAUGGUGACCAUUCUAAAAUCACUCUAGAUACCAAAAAUAUAUUUAUUGAGUGUACAGCUACAGACUUAAACAAAGCCAAGGCUGUCCUGGAUACCAUGGUCACCAUGUUUAGUCAAUACUGUGGCAAUCCUUUCCAGGUUGAAGUUGUGGAGGUUGUACAAGCUGAUGGCACCGUGGUAAAAUAUCCAGACCUUGCGUAUCGUAAAGAAGUUAUUAGUGCCAAAACAAUUAAUUCUAAAGUUGGAAUCAGUGAAGACCCAGCAAAUAUUGCCAGUCUUUUGACAAAGAUGUGCCUGAAGAGUCACUUAAUUGAUGAGGACCAAAUUGAAAUUGAUAUUCCACCCACAAGAACUGAUAUAAUCCAUGCCUGUGAUAUUAUCGAGGAUGUUGCCAUUGCAUACGGCUAUGAUAACAUUUCAUACACUUUUCCACAAACUUACGCAACAGCAACACAAGUUCCUAUGAAUCAAUUAGGUGAUCUAUUGAGGGUCAACAUUGCAGCUGCUGGUUUCUCUGAGGUCCUUACUUUUGCAUUGUGUUCAAGAGAGGACAUUGCUGAUAAACUUCGACUUAAUAUCAAUGAUAUAAAACCUGUACACAUUUCCAACCCUAAAACAGCAGAAUUCCAGGUUGCUCGUACAAUGCUCCUACCUGGUUUGUUGAAAACCUUGUCCAACAACAAGAAUAUGCCUCUUCCAUUAAAACUAUUUGAGAUCUCCGAUGUUGUUUUACAGGACUCCAGCAGAGACAAUGGAGCGAAGAAUGAACGUCAUUUGUGUGCUGUCUACUACAACAAGAAUUCUGGUUUCGAAGUCUUACAUGGCUUGAUGGACCGCAUUAUGCAGCUGCUGGAUGUAAAGUAUGCAUCAGACAGUGCUGCAAACUAUUACAUCAAACCACUCGAAGAUCCGACUUUUUUCCCCGGCCGUUGUGCAGAGAUCAUUGCUGGAAACCAAAGUGUUGGCAAGUUUGGAGUAUUACACCCAGAUGUGAUCACAAAGUUUGAGCUCAACAUGCCAUGCUCUGCUUUAGAGAUCAAUAUUGAGAAACUAUAAAAUGGCUUUUCUUGCACAAUUUGAAAUCCAUUUGUAUGGAUUACACCAUCAGCCUGGUCUUUGACCGACAAUCACAAACACCACUGCAAUCUAAUUUAUGCAAUAUUGUAAUUGAUUAAUUAAAUGCAUUGAUCAUGAAAAUCUAUGUAUGUGUAUAUAUACGCACUCAAAAGAGCAGUAAUAAAAAUUGUCAAGUGUUAUA